AUGGAAGUAAUGGCCGGCGACUGGGAAGCAAGAGCAACGCCAGGUUGGCACGUUACUAUUUUCUGCCAGGAUGACAAUGUCAACCAUGAUGACGACAACCACAGCGAAGGAGAUGAUGCAAAAGAUGAGCACUGGGAUGUUGAGAAAGACUAUGGUGAGGAAUGGUGGUUCAAACGUUGGAAGGCAAGAGUCGAGAAGAAGAGAGAGGGACAAAUCGAAAAGCAGAAUUCGUGGAAAAUUGGUGUCGUGGCGGUCAUCGGUGUUGCUAUAGCGUUCUGUAUAAUUUCCUGGUUUCCGUUUAGAAAACAUCAUACGAUAAUGAUGGAUUGA